AUGGAAGCUAUUGGAGCCGUAUCAUCAAUAUUCGCGAUUUAUAACCAACUAGAGAAGUGUGGUAAACGAUUGCACCGCCUCAAACAUAACUUUCGAAUCGCCAAGCAAGAGCUCAAUCUUCUCGCAGAUGAGGUGUCCUCUUGCCAGAGCCUGUUCGGGAUAUUUAGCCAUAUCAGUCGCCCUCUGGACAACAAGGUGAUGAAGCUCGCUCGCCAGCAACAGCUGGAAGAGACUCUCAAUUCCCAAGCAACUUUCGCGUUUGGACAAAUUGGCGAAAUUUUCCUGAGGCUUGAGCCUUUAAGGGAACACAGCAAUGCUGGUCGAUUUGACCAAAUUAUCGCUAAGCUUCGGUGGCACUGGAUGAAGGAUGAAGUCCAGCUUCCGCUUCUCACGCUAGUCAGUGUCAAAAUAACGUUGACAGCCUUUAACUGUCUACUUAUUCUGGAUCUUUGCUUGAGAGACAUGAAGAGUCCGUCUGUCUCAAAAAACGAAAUGAAAUCUCUCAAGAUGCAAAUGUGA